AUGGUUUCCGAUAAAGUAUCUGAUAAAUUAUUCGAGGUUGAUUUUAACGCUGUUGUCGCUGUUGACUUUGGAACUACGUGCAGUGGAUUUGCGUUUUCCCAUCGUGUCAAGCCGGACAUCCAAGUGAACACCAAUUUCCCUGGGCAAGUAGUCCAAAAAACGAACACAGUAUUACAAUAUGAUAAUACAUGGCAAGUUGAGGCGUGGGGAUACCCUGCUCUUGCUAAAGAACCCAGAAGAAGGAGAAAAGUUGUGGAAGAGAAACGACCGGUUGAGUUGUUUAAGUUGUAUUUAGCAAAUAUCAAGAAAAAACCGGAACUUCCUGAAGGAUUGGAUUAUAAGAAAACAAUCACUGAUUAUCUUCAUCAGAUGCAAAUUUUGAUUAUGGAAACUAUAAAUCGACGUUGGCCUAAGCUCUCGCUUUCAGAAAUACGAUUUGUAUUCACUAUUCCAGCUGGAUGGGGAGAUCAUACUAAAGAAAUUAUGCGCGAAUGCAUUUUCGAGGCUGGAUAUAUCACCGAGGCAGCUGCAAUUUAUUGCUUAAAUAUUCUAAAAUCGCAUGGGUUAGAAAUCGGAGACACGUUCUUGGUAUGCGAUUGUGGAGGUGGAACGGUCGAUUUAACGAUGCGCACCUACGUAGGAGAAGACGAACUCGAAGAAGAAACUGAGCGUACAAUGGGAAUCUGCGGCAGCACAUAUAUCGAUAAGGAAUUCAUAAAAUUCCUGGAAAAUCGCGUAGGCCCUGGCGCGAUGAGAGAAUUCAAAGAAAAACAUUACGGGCAGCUUCAAUACAUGAUUCAAAAUUUCUUCAAUCUUCGCGUAAAAAAUAAUUUUAAAGAUGAUCCCGCGAAAUUCAAGCUUGCUGAAUUCGAUAUCGAACAAUAUUGUCCUAAGUUAAAGCAAUACGUGUCCGAAGCAAUUCAGAAAAAAUUGGAUGAAAAUGAUUGGAUCAUUGAAUUGCAAUACAAUGAUGUGAAAGCGAUGUUUGAUCCGAUUGUCGAUAAAAUACUCAAAUUGAUACAGAACCAAUUAAAUGUGAAUCCUGAUCUCAGAUGCUCGGCGAUUUUUGUGGUUGGGGGAUUCGCCGAAAGCCCCUACCUGAUUUCGAAAAUUCGGAAAACUUUUGAUGGAUUUGUUCGUACUAUCGCUGUACCUACGAAUCCGAUAACAUCUGUUAUGAAGGGUGCAGUUCAAUAUGGAUUGAACAAAGAAGCUGUGAAACUACGUGUUUUGACAGAAGCUUAUGGGAUUGAAGUCACCAAUCUCUUUAAAAAAGGAAUAGAUCCAAUUAAACGAAAAACCGCGGAUGGACAUAUUUUGAAAUUUAGUCGUUUGGCGAAACGAGGUGACAAAGCAGCGCCGGAUUAUGAAUUCGCCUCAACAUUUUAUCCCGUUUAUCCGGACCAGACGCACAUCUCGUUCAAGGUCUAUAACACGAAAGACAAUAACGCGCAUUAUUGCGAUGAUGCGAAAUACAUCGGAAGCUUGAGAAUCGACCUGCCCGAUCCUGAACUUGGUUUAAAUCGACCAGUCGAAUUUGGACUUCGCUUUGCCGAAGAAGAAAUCAAAGCGACUGCGCGAAAUAAAACAAAUAAUCGCGUUUAUCCUGCUGAAUUUAAAUAUGUUACAGCUGGCUAG